UGCGCGCCGCGCUCUUCCGGUGUGUGUGUGUGUGUUCGCGGGGGUACGCGGAGCAGAGCCGGGACCAUGGCGGACGGCGGCGCGGAGCGGGCCGAUGGCCGCAUCGUGAAAAUGGAGGUGGAUUAUAGCGCGACGGUGGACCAGCGGCUGCCCGAGUGCGAGAGGCUGGCGCAGGAGGGGAGAUUGCAAGAAGUAAUUGAAAACCUUCUUUCCUUGGAAAAACAAACACGAACGGCUUCUGACAUGGUUUCCACAUCGCGUAUCUUAGUGGCAAUAGUGAAGAUGUGUUAUGAAGCUAAAGACUGGGAUGCUCUCAAUGAAAAUAUUAUUCUUCUGUCAAAGAGAAGAAGUCAGUUAAAACAGGCAGUUGCUAAAAUGGUCCAGCAGUGCUGCACUUAUGUUGAAGACAUCACAGACUUACCAGUGAAACUGCGCUUAAUUGACACGUUGCGUACAGUUACAGAAGGAAAAAUAUACGUGGAAAUCGAGCGCGCUCGCCUGACAAAAACACUCGCAACAAUAAAAGAGCAGAACGGGGAAGUGAAAGAGGCUGCCUCUAUUCUGCAGGAAUUGCAGGUGGAAACUUACGGUUCAAUGGAAAAGAAAGAACGCGUAGAAUUUAUCCUUGAGCAGAUGAGGCUCUGUCUAGCUGUAAAAGACUACAUUCGGACUCAAAUUAUCAGCAAAAAAAUUAAUACAAAAUUUUUUCAAGAAGAAAACACAGAAAAACUAAAAUUGAAAUACUACAACCUAAUGAUCCAGCUGGAUCAACACGAAGGCUCCUACCUCUCCAUUUGUAAGCACUACAGAGCCAUUUAUGAUACUCCAUGUAUUCAAGCUGAGAGUGAAAAGUGGCAACAGGCACUGAAGAGCGUUGUUCUUUAUGUUAUUCUUUCACCUUAUGACAAUGAACAAUCUGACUUGGUGCACAGAAUUAGUAGUGACAAAAAGCUAGAAGAAAUCCCGAAGUAUAAAGACCUCCUAAAAUUAUUUACCACCAUGGAGUUGAUGCGAUGGACUGCCCUAGUUGAAGAGUAUGGGAAGGAAUUGAGAGAAGGAUCCCUUGACAGUCCUGCAACAGAUGUUUUUGGCUGUACAGAGGAAGGUGAAAAGAGAUGGAAAGAUUUAAAGAACAGAGUUGUGGAACAUAAUAUUAGAAUAAUGGCUAAAUAUUAUACCAGAAUUACAAUGAAGAGAAUGGCACAGCUCCUGGAUCUGUCCGUUGACGAAUCGGAGGAGUUCCUGUCUAACCUGGUAGUUAACAAGACCAUCUUUGCUAAAGUAGACAGGCUGGCAGGAAUUAUCAAUUUCCAGAGGCCUAAGGAUCCAAACAAUAUACUGAAUGACUGGUCUCACAAGCUGAACUCACUAAUGGCCCUAGUUAACAAAACCACACAUCUCAUUGCCAAAGAGGAGAUGAUACAUAACCUACAGUAAGGUGCCUCAAUAAUCUCAGUGCUUUUAAAGAAGGCAUUAAAUCUUCAUAAUAGAGACUAUUAUUACAGUGUGUAUAUGUUUUUUUUCUCCUUGUCAGGGCUUCCUGGUCUAAAAUUUAGGACAUAAUUCUGAAAUUCCUGUUGACAGUUGAGUUCCCUUGAUUAUUCAUUCAGUUGUUAAACAUUUUUGCUACAAUUGGUGAAAGAACAUAAUAAAACUGUAUUGCCUGUAUAA